GUCGAGUGAUGGCAUCUGCUAUGACAUUUACUUCUCCAGGUUCUUCCACUUCACCAACACCACACAUGGACCGAAUGCCUAUUGAACUCUGGUAGUUUCUUCCUUUUUUGUUUUUCCUUUGCUACACCACCAGCAUGGCCAUUCGCGCAACAAUGCCGACCUCGACAUCGGCACUUUCCUUCACAGAGACCCUGAGUCUCCUUGCGCUCUCGGUGGCAUGCUUCGCGGUCAUCGCAAACACCUUUCAGGGUGAUGGUGCUCCUCUAAUCGCCUCUCUCGCAUUCAGUGGAAUUGCCUUUGCAACUUCAUAUUCCAUGAUUCGAUGGCUUGGGCCAACGUUUAUGAAGGCUGGUUUGAAGGGGAAGGACAUGAGCAAAGCACACAAGAAGGAAAUCCCCGAGACGAUGGGAGCGGUUUGCGCGGUGGUUUAUCUUCUUGCCGUCACAAUCUUUAUACCUUUUCCUUUCUAUAAAGAUAUUGUGGCAGCAACAUCAGGAGGAGGGAACCGAGAUGUGGUGCAAACGAUUGAGAAUGUUCAAACGGGGAGGUUUCUACAUCGUUUUCCUCAUAACAAGGUAUGUUGGAACAAAUCAUAUUUGGAGCCAGGAAGUAACAAAACUAGUUGGCAGCUUAUUUAUCAGCAAUUCUUACCAUUCAAUCUGUUUCUAUCUUGGGAAUUGGCGACGACUUGUUCGAUAUCCGUUGGCGGCAUAAAUUCUUUAUCCCGGGAAUAGCUAGCAUCCCCCUCCUCAUCAUAUACUUUGUCGACUUUGGUGUAACACAUAUCGUUGUUCCAAUCCCUCUGCGACCAUAUCUGGGAGAGCUGUUGCAACUAGGAUUUUUAUACUACCUGUACAUGUUCGCCAUCGCGAUUUUCUGCCCCAACAGUAUCAACAUUCUGGCUGGAAUCAACGGAAUUGAAGUCUCCCAAUCACUUGUGAUUGCGGUUUUGUUAGCCCUGAACGAUUGCUAUUACCUUCUCAACCCAUAUCCGCACCCAGCAACCGACUCCCAUCUAUUCUCCCUGUACAUGCUUCUCCCUUUCAUUGGAGUUUCGCUAGCAUUAUGGUGUCACAACUGGUACCCAUCCAAAGUUUUUGUCGGAGACACUUACUGUUACUUUGCCGGAAUGGUUUUUGCUGUUGUAUCGAUUUUAGGACACUUCUCCAAAACUCUACUUCUGCUCUUGAUCCCGCAGAUCUUCAACUUCCUCUACUCGGUUCCACAACUGUUCCAUAUAGUGCAGUGCCCACGCCACCGGCUUCCCCGAUUCAACAGUCGAACUAAUCUCAUGGAGCCGUCAGUAACUGAAUGGCAAUAUCCUCCCAAACCAAUCAUCUCUGUAUUCUUGAAGUUGCUUGAUAAACUUUAUUUGUUGCGGGUCACCACAAAUCAAGAAGGCCAAAUAACAGAGAGCACCAAUUUUACGCUCUUGAAUUUGUGGUUGGUGUGGUUUGGACCUAAGCGGGAAGACAGAUUAGCGAUGGAGCUUUUGGCAAUGCAAACAGUCGUUGGAUUUUUGGGACUGUUUAUUAGACAUAAUUUCGCAAUGGUGCUAUUUGAGAAGGAUAACUUGUAUGGGGUUGUAUGAUAGAGUACAUAUAAUGUAUAGAUUAACUUUUGAUAGGUUUCGUGGGCUAGACAUGAUGUUCUAAUGCUUUCAAUUAUAAGCGAGGACGCCAUCUGAAUGAAGAUUCCAAAUUAAGUAUAAACA